CCUCAAAAGAACACCCUGAAUCUUAUGGCUAGUGAAAAUUAUCCUUCGCAAAAAGUCUUGUUUUAUAGCGGCUCCUUGUUAAUAAGUAAAUAUUCGGAAGGCUAUCCAGAAAGUCGUUAUUAUCAAGGCUGUAAGUAUAUUGAUAAAAUAGAAAAUUCGGCAAUUGAAUUAGUGAAAAAACUUUUUGCUGCCGAACAUGCCAAUGUACAACCCCAUUCGGGGGCUCAGGCUAAUCAGGCUGUUUAUUUAGCUCUUUUAAAACCAGGGGAAACCAUAUUAAGUUUAGAUUUAUUGGCCGGCGGGCAUUUGACACACGGAGCCAAAGUUAAUUUUUCGGGGUCUAUUUAUCAGGUUUAUCAUUACAAUUUAAAUCCAAACACGCAAAAGUUAGAUUAUGAACAAAUUAGGGAAAAAGCCCGAGAAGUGCAACCAAAAUUAAUAAUUGCUGGUUAUAGCAGUUAUAGUUUACAAAUAGAUUUUGCCAAGUUUCGAGAGAUUGCCGACGAGGUGGAUGCCUAUUUACUGGCUGAUAUUUCUCACGUGGCUGGUUUAGUAAUUGCCGGCUUAUUUCCUAACCCCGCCCCUUAUGUCGAUGUAAUUACUUUUACUACUCAUAAAACCCUCCGCGGACCACGGGGGGCAGUAAUUUUGACCACAAAAGAACUCGGACCGAAAAUUGACCGAGCAGUUUUCCCCGGUAAUCAAGGCGGACCAGCCCAAAAUAUUAUUGCCGCCAAAGCCCAAUGUUUUGCCGAAGCCUUACAGCCCAAGUUCAAAAAUUAUCAAAAAAGAGUAUUAGAAAAUGCCAAAAUUAUGGCUGAUUACUUUUGUGAAAAAGGAGUAAAGGUAAUUAGUGGUGGCACCGAAACCCAUUUAUUAACUAUUAAUACCAAAGCCAGUUAUAAUUUGACUGGCAAGGAAGCCGCCGAACUCUUAGAAGAAGUGGGAAUUGUCUGUAAUAAACAAAUGAUACCUUAUGAUACCGAAAAGCCUUCAAUUGCUAGUGGCAUUAGACUUGGCUCGCCGGCUUUAACCACUCGGGGACUAGAAAAAAAGGAGUUUUUGCAAAUUGCCAAAAUAAUUGAUUUGAUUUUGCGAAAUUAUAAAGAUAGAAAAAUAACAAAAAGUGGAAAAAAAGAAUUCAAAAAUUAUCAAAAAAGAGUAUUAGAAAAUGCCAAAAUUAUGGCUGAUUACUUUUGUGAAAAAGGAGUAAAGGUAAUUAGUGGUGGCACCGAAACCCAUUUAUCAACUAUUAAUACCAAAGCCAGUUAUAAUUUGACUGGCAAGGAAGCCACCGAACUCUUAGAAGAAGUGGGAAUUGUCUGUAAUAAACAAAUGAUACCUUAUGAUACCGAAAAGCCUUCAAUUGCUAGUGGCAUUAGACUUGGCUCGCCGGCUUUAACCACUCGGGGACUAGAAAAAAAGGAGUUUUUGCAAAUUGCCAAAAUAAUUGAUUUGAUUUUGCGAAAUUAUAAAGAUAGAAAAAUAACAAAAAGUGGAAAAAAAGAAGUUUAUUAUUUAAGCCAAAAAUUUCCUUUAUUUUAA